UGUGGUGAGGGGGCGGGGCUUCGGCAGUGUUGAGGCAGCUCUCAGCUGUCACAGAGCACUCAGCCUGCAGCAGAGCGAGGAUCAUCUGCUGCACCAGCUCAUAUCCAGCUUUACCAUUUAAAUCACCUGAAAAAUAAAAUAUAAAAACAUAUAUAAUAAUAAAGACUUUCUGUUUAGACCCACAGCUGCCACAGAAACAUCUCAGAGGAUUUUAAACCAGAGCUGUUUCUUCUGCUUCUCCUCCUGUUUCCAUCUUCCUGCUCUUUGUUUUCAAUCGUCACUGCAGCAGCUCCUCGCCCGGAUCCCUGCGGACCUCAGGACUCUCCGGGACUGCUGAUCAGUGUGACAGGGGGGUCCCAUAGUGGUGUGUGCGUCUGCGAAGAGGCUGAUGCCCGCGGUGGUGUGGCCAGAGCCAGAGGAGGAUGAGUCCGGCCAUGGAGGCAGACAGAAGGCAGAAGCAGCUGAAGCAGCAGCAGCAGUGCUACAUGGACAAAGGGGUGAUGCUCGAGCCCUUUGUGCACCAGGUGGGGGGCCAUUCCUGCGUCCUGCGCUUUGGGGAGCAGACCAUCUGUAAGCCCCUCAUUCCCCGCGAGCAUCAGUUCUACAAGAGCCUGCCUGCUGCGAUGAGGAAGUUCACCCCCCAGUACAAAGGUGUGGUGUCGGUGAGCUUCGAGGAGGAUGAGGAGGGGAACCUCUGCCUCAUGGCCUACCCCAUGCACAGCGACCCAGCAGCAGAUCUAGAAAACAAGGAGCACACGGCGGACUGCGAGCCGAAGAGUAAGAUGGUCAAAUGGGGGAAAGUGAUGGCGUCCUCCCUGCUCGCGGAGAGCGAACACUACAGCAACGAAGGCCGAGGACGCCACUUCUGCAAAGACAAGGACCAGAGUGUCCACAAGCUGCAGGACGACCAGGAGUCGGAGUGGCUGCAGCAGGCCGAGGGGCUGCAUUACAUCCUGGAGCACAGCUACAGCAACGCCGUCCCACAUCUCAAACACAACCCCUGGAGCCUCAAGUGUCACCAGCAGCACCUGCAGAGGAUGAAGGAGAACGCCAAGCACCGCAACCAGUACAAAUGCAUCCUGUUAGAGAAUCUGACAUGGCGACACUCGGUGCCGUGCGUGUUGGACCUGAAGAUGGGCACGCGGCAGUAUGGCGACGACACCUCUGAGGAGAAGAAGGCCAUGCAUAUCCGCAAGUGCCAGCAGAGCACCUCCGCCUCGAUAGGAGUCCGUCUCUGCGGCAUGCAGGUGUAUCAUUCUGACACUGGGAAGCUGAUGUUCAUGAACAAAUACCUUGGCCGCAAGCUGACCCCGCCUGGGUUCAAAGAGGCUCUGUUUCAGUUCUUCCACAGCGGGCGGCGUCUCCGCCACGAGCUGCUGACCCCGGUGCUGAGCAGGCUCCGGGAGAUGCAGGCCGUCCUGGAAGCCUGCGAGUCGUACCGCUUCUACUCCAGCUCCCUCCUCAUCAUCUACGACGGAGCGCCGCACAGGAAGCACAACCGCCGACGCACCGAGGACGGCCUCUCGGAAGACGAGGAGGACGAGGAGGAGGAGGCGGAAGCCGAACCACAAAUGGAUGAGGGGGAAGACGAAGGGGACGGGGAGAAGGAGGAGGAGGAGGAGGAGGAGCGGGGCGAGGUGGCCGGUGCGUUCGGCUUUCCACACAGCCCCACCGCCUCCGGUGACUGCAGCGACGGCAGCAGCGGGGGCUCGGGCUCUGGACGGGCUCGCCGGUCCCGCUCGGACCCCCGCAGCCCUGUGGUGGACGUGAGGAUGAUAGACUUUGCCCACACCACCUGCAAGCACUACGGCGAGGACAGCGUGGUCCACGAGGGCCAGGACAGCGGCUACAUCUUUGGUCUCCAGAACUUGAUCUCUAUUAUCUCUGAGCUGGAGAACCACAGCACAGACUGAACUCUCAGAUCAAUCAAUCAAUCAAUCAAUCAAUCAAUCAAUCAAUCAAUCAAUCAAUCAAUCAAUCAAUCAAGCACAAUGACAAACGCUCAGACCUUUGGCAGAACAGAGGAGCAGACUUGUAGCUUUUUAUACCGUCCCUUUUUCUGCCAUCGGGGCUUUUAUUUUAUUUUAUUUUAUUUUUGGUUUUCUCGUUGCGGUUUUGUCAUCAGGGUUUAAAACCCAACUUCAAGUAGCACAGAAAACCCGUCUGUGUGAAGGAUUUGAUCCGUGUGUCAUCRUCACCCUGUUUUAACCCUCCUAACCAUCAAGAAGAAAGGGCAGGGAGUAACAAAAGCCAUUCGACGUUUUGGGAUUUCUUGUGUCAGGUUUCCAAAGAAAGUGUCAUUUUGCACAAACAGCCUGAACGACUUUCUGCAGAGCGAGCGUUCAGACYGAGACAAAGGCUACGAGAAGGAGCGAAGAGUCGUGUGAAGGCGGAGAUAAUGUUCGAUCUGUUAUUCUUCUUCCCUCGCUUGUCUCCUCCAUUCUUUUAAUUCUCAGAGAAAUGAUGUAGAGAUAUAUUUAUUUUUGCUUCAUAGAAGGGUGGAGAGUAAAACAUUCCUUAAUAUUAAUGUUAMAAUAAUGAUAUUAAAUAAUAUUGUUAUUUGACAUGUUUGGAUACCUCUUUCUUGUUUAUCUGUGUUGUACACAUUUUAUUGAAGGGGAAUUAAAAACUUUGUGGUAACA